AUGGUUGACGAGAGUGAGAAGGUACAAGAUGCGAAAGACGAAACAGUGAAGACUUCCACGGAAGAAAAGGGUAAGACGCCCAAGGCCGCUGCUACUACGAAAGGCGAAGAGGAAGAACAACUGUCUGAGGAAGAUUUGAAGCUAAAGACCGAUCUCGAAAUGCUGGUUGAAACGUUGACACAGGAACAGUUAGACGAAGGGUUGUAUAUCACGGCUUUGAAUCAAUUGAAAGAGUUUAUCAAAAAUGCUACCAGUUCCAUGACGGCUGUGCCAAAGCCUUUGAAAUUUCUACGUCCCUCGUACGCAGACCUGUGCUCUGUCUACGACAAAUGGACUGAUACAGAGACAAGAUCCUCCUUGGCAGAUAUCUUAUCCGUACUAGCGAUGACUUUUUCAGACAAUGGGAAGCACGACUCCUUACGGUUUAGGCUGCUCUCCUCUGUGACCGAUAUUGAGUCCUGGGGGCACGAGUAUAUCCGCCAUCUGGCUCUAGAGAUUAGUGAGGCUUACAACGAUCAGGUCGAGAAGGAGGCGGCGGACUCAUCCUCGUCUGAGUUUGAUUCUGAUGCAUCUAACAAUGCGACACCAACUCCAGGCUCAGGAGGGUUCGAGUUCUCGAAGGAAGCUAUCGUUCAACUCUCUAUGGAUAUUGUGCCAUACUUUUUGAAGCACAACGGUGAAGAGGACGCGGUGGAUCUGAUGCUAGAGAUUGAAUCUAUUGCAAAAUUACCACAAUUUGUCGACGAGAAUACUUUCAAAAGGGUAUGUCAGUAUAUGAUUGCCUGUGUACCUCUUCUACCACCUCCAGAAGACCUUGCGUUUUUGCAUACCGCUUACACGAUAUAUUUGACGCAUUCUCAGUUGACAGAGGCCCUCUGCUUAGCGAUUAGAUUGGGUGAUGUACCAUUAACGAAAGCUGUAUUCGAAGCCACCAACGACCCUGUCAUGCACCAACAGUUGGCUUACAUUUUGGCACAGCACAGAAGUUCAUUGGACUACGGUGACUUGCAAGACAUAGUUGGGAACACGAAGCUGUCUGAACACUUUUUGUUCUUGGCCAAGGAAUUAAACUUGACAGUCCCAAAGGUUCCGGAGGACAUCUACAAGAGUCAUCUUGAUAACGCAAAGUCUGUGUUUACCAGUGCCGGGUUGGAUUCUGCUCAGCAAAACCUGGCAGCAUCGUUUGUUAAUGGGUUUUUGAAUUUAGGUUACUGCAAGGACAAAUUAAUUGUUGACAACGACAGCUGGGUUUAUAAAACUAAAGGUGACGGUAUGACUUCCGCGGUAGCCAGUAUCGGAUCCAUAUUCCAAUGGAACCUUGACGGAUUGCAACAAUUAGACAAGUAUUUGUACGUUGAGGAAACAGAGGUAAAAGCCGGGGCUCUACUGGGUAUAGGUAUUGCUGCCACUGGUGUCCAUGACGGUGAGGUGGAGCCAGCGUUACUCCUGCUUCAGGACUAUGUCACAAAUACAAACAGCAAAAUCAGUUCCGCUGCCCUCCUAGGUUUGGGGAUCGCGUUUGCGGGAAGCAAAAACGAGGAAGUGUUAAGUCUGCUGUUACCAAUGGCUGCCGACAGCUCUUUGCCUGUGGAGACGUCGACAAUGGCAUCGCUUGCUUUGGCCCAUACGUUUGUCGGUACCUGUAACGGCGACAUUGCCACCGCCAUUAUAGACAAUUUUUUGGAACGUGACGUUGCAGAAUUGAAGACCGAGUGGGUUAGAUUCUUGGCGUUGUCCUUGGGUAUACUGUACUUAGGACAAGGGGAACUGGUUGACGAUAUCAUUGAAACACUCGGUGCUGUAGAGCAUCCAAUGGCUUCAGCUGUCGAAGUCUUGGUCAACUCGUGCGCUUACACCGGGACCGGUGAUGUGUUGUUAAUCCAGGAACUUCUACAUCGCUUGACACCAAAGGGUGCCAAGACCGAUGAAGACGACAACGAGGAAGACGAAGAGAACAAUUUGGAAGGUUCCGGAUUGGAGGCCUUCUUGGGGUCUAAGGAUGCCACCGACAAAGCUGAAUCCGAAGACAACGAUGCUAUGGAUGUUGAUGCCAAUGGUCAAGAUGCGGCUACGUCAAGCUCCAACACUGCAGCUGAUGGAGUCACCAGUGGAGAUGCAGCGGAAAAGAAGGAGAAGGAUGAGUCCUCUGAAGUUAAAAAGGAGGAGGGUACUGCAAAGGAGAAAGACGAGGAAGCAGAGGAGGAAAAAGAUUCAGGGAUGGUUGACGAACUCUCGUUUUCCAUUUUAGGUAUUGCAUUGAUAGCUUUAGGUGAAGAUAUCGGGAAGGAGAUGUCGCUACGUCAUUUCGGUCACUUGAUGCAUUACGGUAACGAACAUAUCCGCCGGAUGGUCCCAUUGGCGAUGGGACUAGUAUCGGUGGCUGACCCUCAAAUGAAGGUGUUUGAUACCUUGACGCGGUUUUCACACGACUCAGACUUAUCCGUUUCGAUGAACUCUAUCUUUGCCAUGGGCCUAUGUGGUGUCGGUACGAACAACGCCAGACUAGCUCAACUUCUAAGACAAAUAGCCAGUUAUUACUCUCGUGAGCAGGACGCUCUUUUCAUUACCAGAUUGGCCCAGGGGCUGGUUCAUUUGGGUAAAGGUACGAUGACAAUGGAUGUCUUUAAUGAUGCGCACGUGCUGAACAAGGUGACGUUAGCUUCAUUGAUGACUGUGUUAGUUGGUAUGGUUUCUCCAAGCUUCAUGCUAACGCACCACCAACUGUUCUACAUGUUGAAUAGCGGUGUUAGACCCAAAUUCAUUUUAACUUUGAACGAAGAGGGUGAACCAAUUAAAGUGAACGUUCGUGUAGGUCAAGCCGUAGAGACUGUAGGCCAGGCAGGUAAGCCAAAGACGAUAACGGGAUGGAUAACUCAGUCGACGCCAGUAUUAUUGGGUCACGGUGAGCGGGCUGAGCUUGAGGACGACCAGUAUAUUAGCUGCACCAGCAGUUUGGAAGGUGUUGUCAUACUGAAAAAGAACCCUGAUUACCGUGAGGAGGAAUAA